AUGGAAACCAUAUUCGAAUCUGUAGAACCCGAGACCCAUGUCACAAGCGAUUGGAGGGAAAAGCUAUUAAAACUGCUUGACGCGGGUGAAAUUAAAUACACUACAAAAUACAUCAAGAAAGCAUCCGAAAAAACGUUGGAAAAUAUAUACAAGGACUACGAAAGGCAGCAGCUGGAAAACACAAACAACCAACUAGCUGACAUCAUCAUUACCAAGUUUUCCGAACUCAUGGAGGCGUUGGAUGCUGUUAAGGACGCUGAAGGAACGAAAAAAGAACUCGAGGAAAAAAGUCUGCUCAGAAAAGACAUAAAAACCAUUGGAAUCCCCGUCGGAAAACACGUGAUCAGUAAAAAGAUAAGCUGUCCGGAAAAGAAGGAAUGA